AUGAAUAUAAUGAAAAGACAAUUAUGCACCUCCUCUAAGCGAUUUUUUUCUACAGCAAAAAACGUUGUCAAAUAUAAUACGAUUCAGGAUAUCAGGAACAAAUAUUUUACUGGUACGCCUUUGUCGAUGUGUACUGCGUAUGACUUCAUUACUGCAACAUGGGUUAACAAGGCUAAUUGUGAUUUACUCUUAGUCGGAGAUUCUUUGGCGAUGACUUCAUUGGGGUACGAUAGCACAAUUACACUAUCCUUGAAUGAGUUUAAAUAUCAUGUUGCCUCUGUGUGCAGAGCUGAAGGUUCUUCCAUGGUAGUGGUAGACAUGCCAUUCGGUACGUUUGAAUCGGGCAUAUCUGAUGGCUUGAAGAAUGCCAUAGAUAUCAUGAAAUUGGACAGUAAAGUCACCUCAGUCAAAGUUGAAGUCGGUUCUUACACCAAAGACAAAUAUGCAAUGAAAUUUAUUGAAGAACUGUGCUCCCGGGGUAUACCUGUUAUGGCUCAUAUAGGACUAACUCCCCAAAAAGUUCAUUCACUUGGAGGUUAUAAAGUGCAAGGUAGCAAAAGUCUAUUACAAAUGCAGGAGCUGUAUGAAACCGCCAUGCAACUACAAAAAAUUGGCUGUUGGUCUAUCCUGAUUGAAUGUGUCCCCCAUAAGAUGGCUCAGUUCAUAACAUCUAAACUCUCAGUACCAACAAUAGGUAUCGGUGCAGGUAACGGUACCAGUGGACAAGUUCUAGUUAUAUCUGACCUUCUCGGGAUGCAAGGCGAUUCUGUCCCAAAAUUUGUGAAGCAAGCUGUAAAUAUGACAGAUAUUGCCACUCAGGGCUUGAAGGAGUACAUUGCAAGUGUAGAGGAUAGGACAUUUCCUGAGAGAGGUACUCAUACUUUCAAAGUUAAGGAGGACUUAUGGAAUGAAUUCCUCUCUUCAAUUAACGAAAAGUAA